ACCAUUGAAACAUAAUACCCUACUUCAUAUUUCUUCUGUGUUGUGGAAAAAUUGGGAGGGUACCUUUCGGAGAUUUUAUGCAGAAUACGAGGCUGUAAAUGGUACCUUUGUAGGUCCUCAUGUCCAGGACAAAAGUAAGGGCGGCGUCUGAGGUGUGCGCCGACUGUGCUGCCCCAGAUCCCACAUGGGCCUCCAUCAACCGGGGUGUCCUAAUCUGUGAUGAGUGCUGCAGUGUCCAUCGAAGUCUGGGUCGCCACAUUUCUCAGGUCAAAUCACUGACCAAGGGACAAUGGAGUCCCACGCUGUUAGCUAUGGUGCAGCAUUUAGCUAACCAUGGAGCCAACAGUAUUUGGGAGCAUUCUCUGCUAGACCCCUCACAGAGCAAGCAUGGCAAGAAAAAACCCAGUCCCAGAGAUCAAGUCCAUCCAGUAAAAACAGAAUUCAUCAGAUCAAAGUACCAGUUCUUACAGUUUGUUAACAAGCAGAAAGAUGGUGAACUCAAUUCCAUUGAUGAUUUGAGCAAGCAAUUACACUCAAGUGUUAGAACCAACAAUUUAGAGACAUGCUUACGCCUUCUGUCUAAAGGAGCGGAUCCAAAUUACUUUCACCCUGAGAAAGGAAAUUGUCCUUUGCAUGUAGCAGCCCAGAGUGGUCAACCAUUACAAGUGGAACUGUUGGUAGUGUAUGGUGCUGACCCAGGGGCAUACGACUCCAAUGGGAAAACACCCAUUGACCAUGCAAAAGCUGAAGAUCAUAUGGAUUUGGCGGACAGACUUGUUGAGUGUCAGUACGAGCUGACAGAUAGACUGGCAUUUUAUCUUUGUCAACGAAAACCUGAUCACAGGACAGGCAUUCAUUUCAAAAUACCGGAGAUGGCAGAUAGUUCUCUAGACAUGUCAGAGCUAGCUAAGCAGGCAAAGAAAAAACUGCAAGCACUUCCAAAUCACUUAUUUGAAGAGCUUGCCAUGGAUGUGUAUGAUGAGGUUGACAGAAGAGAAAAUGAUGAGCAUUGGUUACAAACUCAUGACAACAAGGCUUUAGUCAGUGAUCGGCAGGGGGUGCCUUUUCUUCCCCUCAACCCAGAUUUUUCAGCCACACGCAAUCAGGGCCGUCAGAAGCUUGCCAGGUUCAAUGCAAGGGAGUUUGCCACAUUAAUUAUAGACAUUUUAAAUGACGCAAAAAGAAGACAAACAGGAGUGAUGUCCCCUGUUCAGACUCCCAAAGAACCAGACAAAUUGCCCAGUCAAGUUGUUCAAAGGAAAACAAACUUCAACAGCAUUGCGAGUGAUGAGGAGCCGAUCUAUGACCAGGUGGCAUCAGACGAGGACUACAGCAGCAUUGACAACCUCAGCAUCAAAAGUGCUGGCAUGAAAGACAGCUCUCUUGCCCAGCCCCCAGCAGUUCCAAGAAAAAGCACAAGGAGACAAAAUUCAGCAGGCAAUCUCAGGUCAGAAGGUGAUCUUAAACAGGAAAAUGUUUACCCCGUCAAACAAGGGUCGCCACGUAUACCUAGAAAGAGUCAGAGGAUUAGGUCCUAUGGAAAUCUAAGGUCAUAUGGUGACCUUAUAAGGUCACAUAGAAGGGUUAGCCUAGUACCACAUCCCCCCACUGUUCCGGAAGCCAUGGUAGAGGGACCUGUCUCCACAGAAGAAUUCCUACAGAUGAAGAAGAAGCUGUCCACAAUGGAGUUCAGAAUGCAACAAAUUCUGAAGACAAAUCAGGACCUACAGAAGGAGAGGGAUGACCUCACACAACUGGUGCAAACUCUUACAAAAGAGAUUUCAAUACUAAGAAAACAAGCCCAGCACCAGCAGAGUCCUCCAACCACACUACCCAAUGGGUACAGCCCUGAUCGUGGGGAUGACAGUGGACGGACAGGUACCCCCAGGUCAGGGACACGCCCAUCAUCAGGGACACGCCCCUCUUCUGGGACACGCCCACAAUCGAUGUUUGAGCCUCGAGAACGGGAGCAGCGUUUAUCCAACAAAACUCCAUCCAAAGAUUCACUGCCCACAGCUUACUCUGUGUCCAAUAUCCACAAAUCAGAAGAAACUGAUUCAAACCGUGUGCAAUCUUCAAGUUCAGGAUCGGGGGCGGAGGAGAUACAGUGUGCCUACCCCCCUGAUCUCUCCCACUACGACUGUCCUAGCUCACUGCCUGUCCACCUGGACGAGGAACUCCCCAGUCAGGAGGAGGUGAUGAGGAAGACGGAGAAGAUCACAAAGAACAUCCAGGAACUCCACAAAUCUGGUCAGGACGGGAAGCACGAUAGCUUUGGACAUUGUGCUGACAAAAUCUAUGAGGCAGUGAAAGAAAUGGCAGCAUUGUUUCCAAAGAACUCCAGAAUCAGCACAGUUCGCCAUGCAUUAAACUCUUUAACAUCGAGUGCUGCUCGGCUACAAGAAGAAUGCCAAGACACAAACAUGGGUGACCUCGAGCCCGAACUUGAUCUUCCAUUUAAAACUCAACAAGUGAUGCAGUGUGCUUUUGACAUUGCAAGAGCUGCUAAAGAACUUGUUACAUUGUUUCAGUGAGAAUGUUCAAAAGACGCCUUGAAUGAAAGAUCUGAUGGAAACACUGUCAGGGGCCCUAAGGGGAGCAGGAAAUUUGAUUUGGUGCCAAAUAGUACACUGUAUUUUGUUUAUCAGUUUCUUACAAAAGUUGAUUUUCUCCCUUCUAUUUGUUGUUUCAUAUGAAAUGCUGGCAUUUUUAUGUGCAGUGUUGUUCUGAUGGGGAAAAAUCAUUAUUUUGAUAAAAUACUAAACUAGGAACCAAUAUGCUUUGCUUUAAAGGGAAACAGCUGUUGCUUUAAUAUCAUGCUUUUUGUUCUCAUAACAAAGAAAAUACUUAUGUACAAAGUAAGAAUGCCUUUAUGAGGCAACAGAAGGCAAGCCAUGUAAUAACCUGAUGCAAUAGGAAAAAAGAUUUGCAAUAAGUGUUCUCUGUGCCUUGUUUUGUCUUUGCCAAAAUUUCUAAUUUACGGAGAAUAUGAACAAGGGUGGGUGGAAUCUAACAGUAUUAUGUCAGUGGAUUCAUCAUCAGUCUGUGCAUUUUCCCAUUAAAAAACAAAGAAGAAAAUAAUAGCUAUUCAAAUUAUCAAUGGCAUUAUGUGAAAAGAUUGUAUUUGGUCAAAGAAUUUUAGGUUAUUUUAUCCUUGUUUUUAUCACCUUUUUUUUAUGUGUGUAUUGAAUAGUUCACAUGCAUACGAUAAAAUAACUUUCCGUUGGAAAGAAAUAAUUUCUCUGAAAAGGCAUGUAAAGCUUUUCUCUAUGUGCACAUAAUGUAUACUAUAUCAGAAAAAUAAACUACCUGUACAUUGGAAAAUAUUAUGAAAGCAAAAUAUUAAUCAUCAGCAUUAAUAUAGGAAUUAGACUGAAGUUGUUACUGCAUGAUAUUAUGAUAUUUUUGUUUAAUGUGUAUACUGUGAUAUAGCUAGUGUAGAGUAUCCAAGGGAACACACAACUAUUCAGUGGAGAAGCAGAUUGCACAGGGAGGCCUCCAGAUAUCCACAUUGCUAGCUCUCUGGUCAUCCACAUAGCUAGCUCUGGACAUCCACAUAGCUGACUGGAUGUCAACUCAGUGACUAGUUCACACAAAACUAGAGGAGACUCAUCGCUUUCAGUAAUCAGUGUUUGUUAUAUUAUCAGAUGAGAAAACAAAACUGAUCGUAUGAAUUGUGAAUCAAAUGAUGACAUAGUGUUUGUGAUUUUUAUAAAAAGAAAUUAUGUCAUGGAGCCUAUCUUGCAAGAAGCUCAGAAUUAAUCUAGUCAUAUUAUCUCAUUAUUUUCAUUAUCAGUGUGUAUUUAUUUUAGUCACAAACAGAAUGUCAGGAUGUUGAAUGGUAGUGAAUCCGAUCAUAUUAUUGCAUGCAUGUAUAUUGAUACAUUUCAUCCUUGGUACAUUUGUAAACUUUCUUUUAAGUCAAGACAAAUUCUGUAUCAUUCACUCAUUGUAAAUGAAUAACUUUAUAUCUCCUAAAUUUUUUCUCAGUAGCAGUGGCUUACUGCAUAGCUUUAAAUAGCUACAGAAUUGCAGCUAAGCUUUGAAAAGAAAAAUGAGAAGAUGAAUAGUUUUAUACAGAAUAAUCUUUGAUUAGUAUCCUAACUUAUCAUAUUUGAAAUUCUUGCUGGAUUGUGUAGUAAAUAUUUUUGGGAAUAUCAGAUUUUCAAAUUUUUGCGACUUACAUCUUUACAAGGGAGAAUUCAACCCAUCUGUGCUUUGGAUAUUUAUUCAUUUUGUACCCUUUUUUUAAAAGUUAACAAUCAGACGAUUUUGCAAAGAAAGCUAAGUGCUUGGACUUGAAUAAUACUCAAGGAGAAUUUCAUAGUGUCCCAUAUAAUGUAGAACAACUAGUGUAGAAAAUGUAAAGUUGUAGCAUAAUAAUAAGAACCUUCACUAACAUUUUUACCCCAGCUUUGAGAUACAAGUUUUCCACCGUGUCGUAAUGCAUGUUGUCAUUAAUGUAGACUUAUUUUAUUUUGUAUUAUUGAUUGUGAUUAUCAAUAAACAUGGAUAUCAAUAAAUGAAAAUAAAUUAAA